AUGAGCUCCAACUCGAGCGCCUCCGGCUCUGGCCCCGCAGCCAAGCGGUCGAUCCUCGAGGACUUCAAAGGCGACAGAGACCAACAGGGUCUCGUCCCGCUCGACAAGGUCGAUCAGCUCCUCACUCAGAAGGGCAGUCUGCUCGAGACCGAGGUGCGCUUCAUCCACGGCCGCCUCACCACUGUGUGGAAGCACCUGCCUGACUCCGUCCGCGAUGCUUGGAUGUUUGCUGCCAACGAAUACGCCUCGCGACCGUACAUCGUGGCCGAGGGCGAGUCGCUGACCUACGCCGAGGUGCACAAGCGGGUCGUGCUAACCGCCACGUGGCUCUCGCACCACCUGUCUGUGCGUAAGGGUGACCGCGUCGCCCUCGUUGCGCGCAACCACGUCGAGUUCGUCAUUGGCUUCUAUGCCAUCCAUCUGCUUGGCGCGGUUCCGGCGCUCGUCAACGCCUUUUUGCCAGGCAAGGGCAUCUACGACUGCAUCCGUGACGUCGGCUGCAAGGUGGCGCUGCUCGACGUCGAGCGCUUCCGCCGGCUGCGCGAUGCCGAUGAAGACUACAUCGCCAAGCUCUUCACCCAAGCUGGGAAGGAUUGUGUCGACGACUUUGGCUGUACGCCUGGAGCGCACGGUGGGUUGGCUGGUGUCGUCGUCUUCCCACGUGCCUUUGCUGGCAUCGUGCCGGAGGGCGAGCGAGAGUGGGCCAAGGGCAAGGGUGGUGACAAGGUCUUCGACGCUUCCGAACUCGACACCAAGUACGCUUCUACCGCUUCCACCGACAAGGCCAUCCCAAAGAUUAAGAUUUCCCCUGAAGACAUGGCGUCUGUGCUCUACACCUCUGGCACCACCGGAAAGCCCAAAGGUGUCGCAGCCACCAAUCGUCAGUUCCUCUCCGCCGGUCCUAACUCGAGCUACAACAUGGCCCGCGCGUACGUUCGACGUGGACUCCAACCACCCCAACCCCAACCGGACGAUGAACAGGCUUCUACCAUCCUCCUCAUCCCGCUGUUCCACUCCACCGGCAUCCAGUCGGGUCUCGUACCCUCCACGCUGCGCGGGGUCAAAGUCGCCCUUAUGCCCAAAUACGACGUUGACGCAGCAGCGAAGAUCAUCCAGGAGCACAAGAUUCAGAUUGUCGUCGGCAUCGGGUUCAUGGUUCGCGAGAUCGUGCUGUCCAAGCACGAACUGCCUUCGCUGCAGGGUGUUUCUCAUGGUGGAUCCUCCUCGGCGAAAGAGCUUCCCGAGGAGUCGCGUGCCAAGGUGCCCUCGAUGCUCAUCGGUCAAGGUUACGGCAGUACCGAAGUCAACGGGGGAGCAUCCGGUUUGGCUGCGGACGACUACAUCGCGCGACCCACCUCCGCCGGUCGCGCCGUCGCCACGAACGAGAUCCACAUCAUCGACCCCGAGACCCUCGUCGAAGUAUCCAACGGUAAACCGGGCGAGAUCUGGAUUCGCGGUCCCAACACAGCUUUGGGAUACUGGGGCAAGCCAGAGGCCACCGCCGAAGCCUUCACACCCGACGGCUACUUCCGCACCGGCGACCUAGGCCGGAAAGAAGACGACGGCUUCAUCUACGUCAUGGACCGCUCCAAGCACAUUAUCAUCCGAGGUGGAGAGAAUAUCAGUGGCACAGAGGUGGAGACGGCCAUCUACGCCGAGAGAAGGAUCAUUGAUUGCGCAGCGGUCCCAAUUCCCGAUGACAGAUUUGGGGAGACCGUGGGAGUGGUCUGCGUUCCGAGGGUCGAGUAUCAGAAGGAGAACAGACCCACGGAAGAGGAUGUCUUGAAGGUGGCGAGGAAGUUCCUGCCCAAGCACGAGGUACCGGAUUUCAUCUGGAUCCGAGACGAACCGCUCGAGAGGAACGCCAAUGGUAAGGUCGACAAGGCGAUUGUCAAGGAGGCGGCGAGGAAGCGACACGCGGAAGGAAAGGCGGCCAGCGCCAAGCCUAAGCUCUAG